CGACUGAACUUUGUUUUUUUGCUAAAAUGCGAACGUAUUCGCGCAAGCGGCCUGUCUACCAGGCGAUCAAGGGUGUGUCGGAACUGUGUCGGCUGUGCCUGGGCCGAGACGAGGUGUCGGUGCCGAUCUUCGACGACGCGGACCAGCUUUGCGCCGCCCUGUCGCUGCGGAUCAUGAUCUGUGUGGGGCUGGAGAUGACUCGUGACAGCGAUCUACCUAAUGCAAUAUGCGUAGAAUGUUAUAAACAAUUGGAACAGUGCUAUACAUUCCGUAAAAAGUGUGAAGUGACGUAUCAAAAGCUGAAGGCUCAUGUGUUGGCUAUGAAAGGGAGACAUUUAAACCCCACGGCCAUGAAGACUACGGAAGCAGCUGACAGCGAGCCUUCUCCAGUUGAGAGCAACGAGCAGGAACAAUUAGUUUUGACCUACGACGAAGCCCAGCAGAUGCAAUUACUCAAUCUAGUCAAUUCCAAUAGUGUGCAGUUAGAUACAACUGAGAACAUAUAUGACACAGCAACGUUGGAAGUUUUAUCAAAUGAAUUAGAGAAAUCAACAUGUGAUGAAGUAAAUACUAUUACAGUUGAUGAAUCGAUACCGAACCCCAGUACAACUCCGUUAGAAAUAGAAGAGAGCACCUCUGACCUCUCCCUGAUAAUGUCCACGAUGCUGCUGGAGCUAGGCGUUCUCGGGCAAGAGGGCGAGGGCCUGAUCCUCGCAGACAAGGACCUCAGGACUGUGGAGCUGGAAGGAGCAGAUAACACCAAGGUCAUACUGCAACUAGUAGAAGAAGACGAGGAAGAAAAAGAUGUACCUGUAGAGAUUAAUAAAAAAACCAUAGAAGUUGAACCUUUAUAUACCUUAACUUUAUUAAAGGAGGGUAUAAUAAAAUCGAACAAACCAAGACAGCAAGCAAGCAAGACAAGUAAGACAAGCAAAGAAAAAGGGACUAAGGGAGACACGACGUGCCGCGUGUGCGCGAAGCGGUUCACGUCGCGCAGCGUGCUGGCGCGUCACGCGCGCGUGCACUCGGGCGCGCGGCCGCACGCGUGCGCCACGUGCGGCCGCCGCUUCGCGCAGCGCGCCGUGCUCAAGCGACACGAGCUCGUGCAUCGCGAGAAGCGUCCAUUCGCGUGCACGCAAUGCCCGAAGAGCUUCACGCAGCGCGGCGCGCUCGAGCAGCACGCGCGCAAGCACGCGCCGCCGCACGCGCGCGCGCUCGCGUUACACAGCUGCCCCGCCUGCGACAAAGUCUUCCUCUACGCCUCCGGCCUGAGCCGGCACAUGCCGGUGCACACAGGGCGGCGCUACCACUGUGCUACCUGUGGCCGCGCAUACUCCGAUCCUAGCGCGUUGCGACGACACGCGCGGAGACACCACACCCUCCCCGGGGAGACCACGCCCCCUCCGCCGCAGGACUGA